CAAGGUUGACUAGCAUAUGGGUACUAUUAUAAACAAACGCAACUGUGAAUGAGGGUACUUUGUUUGGAUGAUUGGGUUAUACUGAGAAUGUACUACCGCCGCCCCGAGCCAAGCAUCAGCUUCCACUCUCGGUAAGGACUCUCAAGAUUUCUUCAUCGGGAUCACGUUUCUCCCUACCACUUUCUGUUUGUCACGUGAUCUUCCAAGAAGUUGUGUGCGGAGUUAUUCCCAGUGUGUAGAAGCCAGAGCCAAGCUGUCGGUAAUCGUUGUAUCGGUGAUAGCGGAGGUGAGACGGGAUUGACCAGGAGGGUCAGAGGAACGCCGGACAGCGAGGCUUGAGAUUCAGGUCAAUAACACUGUCUCCCCGGGAGGCAGGUGUGGGUUGAGAGCGCGAGGGUGGGGAGGACUUGUGUGGAGCGGAGCCGGGCAUCCCGACAUUGUGAGGCACACGGAAGUGAGGAGAGUUCUUCACAGGUGGUGAGCUCUAUGUCGGCACGGUAUGCUCGACUGAGAUAAAUUGAAAUAAGGAUUCAUUCCUCGCUUGUAAACACUUGGACUCGGAGAUCGCCUGGCGAGUGAUAUUGAACAGGUAGUUGUGUAGAAUGGCGAUGGUCCGUGUUGCCGGAAUGUGAUGCUAGCUCCGUACACAACUCACUGCUCGUUACGUGGAUUAUUGGACAACGAGAGCAGUGGUCGUAACGCCCGUUCACAGGUGUUGCAGCAAGUUUCUUCACGGGACUCUUUUCCCCCUCGGAAUGUUUUUAUUUGGAAAUUACAUGAGGUCUGACACUACCGUGGCGGAUUAUAUUCUGUGACAGUUCUGUGACGAGAGUUUGUAAGGAUACCGUCGACGAUGUCGUACGUCCAGGUGCAGCCGAGAUGCUAUGGUGGACAGGACUGGAUUCUUCCUCACAAAGUCCUGAUAGCCAUCCUGUGUCUGUCCUUCAUCCUGCUACUGCUAGGAAUCAUCCUGCUGGCGGUUGGUCUUUCAUCGGUGGGCGGAAUCUUCGUGGGUCUGGGUGGGUGUGGCCUGAUGGUGCUCCUCCUCCUCUGUAUCCACGCCUACUGCUGCCGGUACACCCAGGACGUGUUCACCCAGACCUGGAUGGGGGGAGAGGGUGAGGUGGAGGAGAUCCCCAACUAUGCAGUCAUCCAGAAGCCAUCUUCCUUGAAAAGGUCUGAGUCAGGUUCUAAACGAAAUGGCCGCACUCUAGAAAAACACGUCACCUUGUCACCGGAUACGGAACUGAAGGAAGGCUCCAGUUAUGUGACAACAGCGCCAUCUGGCGGAUCACCUCGCAUGGAUACCGUUCACCAGAUACCAAUCCACCACUCCAGCCAAUCCCACAUGUAUAGUCAACAGAACAGCUUCGCUAACCAGACCCCCAUAUACAAACCGUCGGGUCCAGUGUAUGCCCCACCUAUGCAGCACCCCCUCGGGCCAGCAUACGCCCCUCCCUCCCCAAACCCACAGUACCCAGUCCAGGUGUACCCCGUGAGGGGCACCUCCUCCACGUCCUCUUCAAUCAGGUAUGGAUUCGACGACGACUACGACAACCCAGCAGAGACUACACCGAUGUUGUCUACCCAAGCAGGAACUUCCUCUUCCGCUUACCAUUCUCAGAUUAGAUCCUCUUCCAGCUCGCAUCAGUCGUCAAACGUCCAAACCAAAGGGGGAAUCCGUACUGUGGAUAUUGAUAUCCCGGAACCUCAGCCGCUCGUGUACCCGUCGGCCAAGCGACCUAUGACCUUCGAGCAGACGUCUUCAUCCAAGAUGAGUGUUUACGACAACGUACUGUCAGCCUACCCUGAAGAAGACGUGGCUUAGUCACGUAACUGAAUGGCCUGUCGGGUUUAUACAAAAGACGAUCUCAGUUCAAGGUUCAGUUCCGGUUAGAAAACCCAGUGAUGAAUUUGCAACAUUGCAAGUGCUGGGUGUAUGUGAAAAGUGAGAUCAAAAAACGAAAUUGAUGAAAUACAAAAUAUUCCCUUGAUACGAGAAAAUAUGAUUCUGAAAUGCAUAAUCUACAUCAAGAAAUAUUUAUGUUGAGAAACUGAAUCAUCAAUAAAUAUCAGAAACUACAGGGUAUUUUCCACUCCAAGCCGAGAGAAAAAAAUCAUCUGAGCAUGUCAGGAAUUCGAAGUGACGUCGAUUGAAAGAUUGAAAUGUGCUCGUUUGAAUGACGCUUGUAACUGAUUUUAUUUAUAUUGGAAUAUUUAGUGACUAUUUUGUUGACAAAUUCUUCAAAAGCGCGUGUGACCUCGAAAAGACCGAUACGACCUAUCCACCAAAUUUUGAAUGUUUUGAGGAACAAUGUCAACCUGAACCAACCGGCGUGCUCAUAGCGCAUGUCAGGAUGUGAUGUCAUCGUUUGAGUGUGUCCCUUAUCCUGUCAUCUUGCCAAAGCAAUAAUCCAUCAAAGGAUAUUGUGUCGCGGUGUAUUGUCUCAAGCCAAAAUUUUCUUAUAUAGAGUUGAGCAGUUGGAGUUUAAUUGUUGAGUUUAUUCUGUUAUGUUGGUUUUUGUUUCAAUAUUCGCUGUGUAUAUUUCGUCACUGCACAACAGGGUACGGGGUACGUCAUACGUCAGAAGGUCCGUACGAUGUUUCCAAGAUAAGGGGGAUGUGCCCGCUAAUCCUUAUUACUUAAAUUAAAUCCGCCUGGCUAUCACUGCCUUGACGAUGACGAGUGCCAGCAUAUAACUAUACCUUAAGACUGUGCCUUUGAGACUGUGCCUUAAGACUGUGCCUUAAGACUGUGCCUUAAGACUAUGCCUUGAGGCUGUGUAUUAAGACUGUGGCUUAAAGCUGUGCCUUAAUAGUAUGUAUUAAGACUGUGCAUUAAGACAAUGUCUUAAGGUUGUGCCUUAAUAGUAUGCAUUAAGACUGUGCAUUAAGACUAUGUCUUAAGACUAUGCCUUAAAACUAAUAUUUAGUCCCAAAAAUAAAGUUGCCUUUGUUAAAAAUGUAAAAUACUAAUAAAAUCCAACUGGAGCCCAGAGCAAUAUGUUGGCGAGCCAAAUCAAAUCUAGAUUUGAGUUCCUUAAGUCAUCUUCUUAGAGACCAUUUCUUGGAGACCUUUAUUGGAGACCCUUGUGUAUACUUCCCAGGAAGCUGAGAAUGAACACCGAGUGCAGACUAAUCCACUGCCAUUAGAGUAUUUAUACUUAUAAUGUAGCAUCAUGACAGUAUCGUCUCGAAUCUGUGUGGAAGUCAUCUUCGUGGGUGUGGGAGACGGCUACAGUCUCUUGUGUAUGAUCCCCAGGGAGCUGGGAAUGAAGUCAGUGAAAACAUGUGGAUGGAUUUCUGUAAUGUUUGGGGCUCCGGCCACGCCAUGUGUUUGACAUACACGGAUACAUAUAAAAGCAAGAUGGGCGUUUUCAUUCGGAUAUACCAUAUAAAUUUGGGAUCCAACAGUGGAACGAAAUAAAAUCAGUAUAUUACAUUCACAGUGGAAUGUGGAACAAUGUUAAUGGACUCUUUAUAUUACUAGUAUUAUGGUUGUGAGAAAAGAAGUCUUUUCGCGGUCCUUUGUAUUAAAAGUGGGGCAAGAAAUUCGGCAUAUCCCCCCCCUAUUCUUGGAUAAAUGUCAAUGGAACAAGAUUGUCUUUGUGUACAAGAACGAAAACAAAUCUCAAAUGCCACUAUUUGUGAUACAUCUAUCUCUGGAUAUAUCGAUCAUUGGCAUCAGUGAUUUUUUUUUCCAACCGUUGCACACUUUGUGAUAACUUGGUCAUAUUAGAACUUCGUUUUAAACGAUGAUAAAUUCGUUAUGUACGAACUUCGCUUUAUGCAUGGUAAUGUUUUGUUUAUAUUUGAACUUUUCUGUUCACAGUAUGACACAUUCGUGAUAUGCGAUAUUAGUUGUCAUGUGGUGCUAAAUUCGGUAUUUCGUCAGUUCGCUAUUUACAUUGUGAUCACUCCGUAAUAUCUGUAGAUCUAUUUGGUGAUAACUUCGUCUUAUACGAAGCUCACUGUGCAUAUUGGGAUAACCUUCGAAUUAUCCUAAUAUUGUAUGGUGAUUAUUUCGAAGAUCCCCGUGAAUUCCCUUAUGUCGAAUAUUGACAGGUUAUACAAAAUGGUUAGUUGCCCUUGUCUCAGAUGGAAUUUCAAAUGAUGAUGAUGGGAUUCUUUAUAUAGUAAUGAUGGAAUAUACCACAUUAUUCAAACUUUAUAUACUUAAUACAAAUUUGACAUGAUACUAUGCAAUUUCUA